UAAUUCUUUGUUUUCUAACUAAAAAUUCUGCUUGUGUUAAUAUAAAUUGUUUAGUACUUAUCUUUUAGUCGUAGAUCAAGUAUAUGUAGCAAAUUGAUAAACUGUCAGGAACUUGAGAAAAUGACAUAAAGUCAUGGAUACGAGAAAUGUUGAACAAUAUUUAUCAUGUCAAAAAGAAAAGUUGGACAUCCAUUUAAAUGACGUUGAAGAUGAUCAACCAACUUUAUAUUAUGAUCAAUUACCACAAAAUGAAGAGGUGGCUAGGGAACGUAUUCUGGCGACACUGAAAAAGGAUGUUGAAACGAGAUGUCAAAAAUAUUUAUCGAAUAGGGAAAACACGAUACAGAAAGAUGUUCUUUACCUCUUUGGGAAAGAUGAAACAAAUCAAAACAACACGUUGAGAAGAAUUUAUAUGAAAAUUAACAAUUUCGAACAGUCGCGUGAUGACGCUUCGCCUCCUUCAUUAUCGAUGACGUCAAAAUUAUUUACGAAUUUAUCCUUUCGCGAAUAUUGUCCACUUUGCUCCGGCAUGGUUGAAUUUCAUCAAGACAAGCUUAUGAAGUAUUAUGCAACAUAUGAGAGGUGUGCUUCAAAUAAAAUAUCCAAGUUAUCGUUUGUUACACAACACAAAGGAUUGUGGGUAAAAGUUGCAGUGACGUCACCAUGUGCAGGCUGUUGUGCAAGCAAAUCACCGACUACUAUCCGUGUUUAUACCUCCCCACAAAUAGACGAUAUAAACAAUCAUGCACAACUGCUUAUCGAACGUCCUGACGAAUUUGUUAAGAAACAUAUAUGGUAUUGGAUUGAUGAAUACACGCAAUAAAUUAACACUAGCCUGUAAAAGAUGAAAGUCUUUCAUGACGUAAAGCCUCGAUUUUUGUGCAUGUCUCGGACCAUACCUUCUUGAAAGAAUCAGCAAAGCCAAGUAAGAGAAAUGAGCAAAACUAACAAACAGAAAUCAGUGCAGGUAUACGUAUGAACAACGAAGUACCCGCUUCCAAAGUCCGCAAACUAUAUAUGCUAUACAUGGAAGGUUGAAGAAAGAGGAAGAAAGAGAUAACAAACUCGCAGCGCAUUUGAUCGUCGUUGUUAUUCUUUUAUCGCGAGUUUAGUGAAUAUGUUAUAAAGUCAU